AUGGCUGGCCACGCGAUUGCAAUGCAGCCAAAACGCGCUUUUCCUCCAACGCCUUUGCAUUCAGGAUUUAUGAGCCCAUGUCGCUUCGAAGGGGAAGUUCAGAACUUAUCAGUCCGUGGUGAGAUACCUUCAGAGAUCGAUGGCACUUUUUACAGAGUCAUGCCAGACCCACAGUUACCUCCCUUUAUCGACAACGAUCCUGUAUGUCAAGACUUCCGUAUACUCGCCGAAGUGACUGGCAAACCACUGACGUUCAGAAAACAGUGGUUCAAUGGCGACGGCAAUAUUAGCGCUUUCAGAAUCAAAGAUGGCAGUUGCCACUUCAAACAGAGAUAUGUCCGGACAGAGAAAUUCGUACGAGAGCGCGAGGCGAAGAGAGCCUUGAUUGGCAGAUAUCGCAACAGAUUCACUGAUGCUGUUGAGUUCAAAGUGCGCAGCACCGCAAAUACCAACGUGUUCUAUUUCAAUGGACAGCUUCUUGCAUGCAAAGAAGACUCCCCUCCUUAUGCUCUAGAUCCGGAAACCCUGGAAACACUUCGGUUGGAAGACUUUAAUGGCCAACUACCUUCUUUGACUUUUACGGCUCAUCCGAAACUAGACGGAAAUGAGCUAUUGGGGUUUGGAUAUGAAGCAAAAGGCGAUGGCACGCCAGAUGUCUGCUACUUCUCGAUUGAUUCAACAGGUACCAUCACUGAGACUGUCUGGCUUGUCUCGCCUGUCGUUGCUAUGAUACAUGACUUCGCUAUUACAGAAAAUUGGGUUUUAUUCCCAAUCAUCCCGCAGACUUGCGAUCUUGAGCGGAUGAAGCAGGGCGGCGAACACUGGCAGUGGAAUCCGAAUAUCCCAUUCUACCUUGGAGUCUUACCUCGCCGUGGUGCAUCUGGAUCCAAUGUCAAGUGGUUUCGCGCACCAAACGCGUUCCCCGGACACACAGUCAAUGCUUACGAGGAUGAUUCUGGAAAUAUCGUCUUCGAUCUUCCUCUCACAGACAAAAACGUUUUCUUCUGGUGGCCAGAUGCGCAAGGCAACGCACCCAAUCCCGAGCAGAUUGCAGCGCAGCUCGUUCGUUUCACUUUUGAUCCUCUUUCGAAAGAUUUGGAUCUUCCACAGCACGAAGUCAUUAGUGGCGUCGAUUGCGAAUUUCCACGCGUUGAUGAUAGAUUCGCAGGGAAGAAGCACUCGCAUGCCUUUUUCGACGUCAUGGAUCCGACGCUAGGCACUGACUUUCCUAACACAAUGCCAAAGAUGGGAGGCGGUUAUCCUCCUUACAACUCUUUAGGCCACCUGAACUACCUGACCAUGGCGAUCGAAAAGUAUUUCCCUGGGCCUACACACUUUGUUCAGGAACCUGUCUUUGUCGCAAGGAAAGGCUCGAUGACUGCAGAGGGUGACGGGUGGGUCAUUGCUCUUGUCAACAACGCCGCCACCAUGGCUAGUGAACUCCAUAUUGUAGACACGAGAAACUUCGGGAAAGCGCAGGCAAUCGUAGAUUUGCCUAUUCGAUUGAGAGCUGGCUUACAUGGGAAUUGGGUUGAUACUCAAGACUUGAAGCUUUCGACAUAG